GAAAACUCCUGAGAUUGUUCUCGACCGAAGCCCAGCUUGGUUAUGUUAUUUUAGUGCAAUUGGUGGGAGAUUCCCCCGGCGUGAUUUCGGGUGGGGAUUUUAUUGGCCGCGGAAGGAAGAAUGGCCCUGGCUGGGUGCAUGGUCUGAACGAGGGGGAUACUGGGAUGGCUCCGGCCUUCGUCUCCCUAUGGGAAUUCGUGCUGCAUGAGUCCUGAGUCCGAUUGAAAUUGCAUAAGUUGCACUUGUAGUCUUUUCCCGAGGCGAAUGUUGCUGUGACAGAUUUUCACUUCGCGUCUUCGGCAGGUGCUAAAGGUUUGUGGUGCGCAUCCUAGCUACUCGGCCAUGGAGUGUCAACUGAAGAUGGUCUGUCCUAGACCCGAUGUGCUGGAUUUGAACAACAGCAAACAUGAUGCAGGCGGUGGUGUGGGCGACACAUAUUGUGAAGAUUCUGCCACUGAGGAUCAAACGUUUAUCCCAUGGAAUCAGUUGGUUGCCAGUGGGGUCGACCUCCUGAGAGAUCCACGCUAUAACAAAGGAACCGCAUUUUCAGAAGGGGAGCGAGACAGGCAUUACUUGAGGGGUCUCCUCCCCCCUGUCGUAUUGACACAGGAGCGCCAGAUCGAACGCAUUCUGCAAAACGUGCGGUCGUACGAGAAUAAUCUCGAGAAGUACGUGGAUGUGAUGGACCUGCAGGAACGUAACGAAAGACUGUUUUACAAGCUUUUGAUCGACCACGUGGAGGAGCUGCUGCCGAUUGUGUACACCCCAACAGUGGGAGAAGCCUGCCAAAAAUUUGGCAACAUCUUCCGUCGUCCUCAUGGACUCUACAUCACACUCAAGGACAAAGGACGCGUCCGGGAUAUCUUGAGGAACUGGGCGGAACCGAACGUUCAAGUCAUCGUUGUCACAGACGGUGAACGAAUUCUGGGGCUUGGUGAUCUUGGAUGUCAAGGCAUGGGGAUUCCAAUAGGAAAACUUGCUCUGUACACGGCCCUUGGAGGCAUCCGACCCUCCAGCACUUUACCAAUUACCAUCGACGUGGGCACCAACAACCAGACACUGUUGGAUAAUCCUUUCUACAUUGGGCUUCGCCACAAGCGAGUUGGCGGCCAGGCAUACGACGAGUUAUUGGCUGAAUUUAUGCUGGCGUGUAAAAAAACAUACGGAGAGAAAGUACUUGUGCAGUUUGAAGACUUUGCCAAUCACAAUGCGUUCCGCCUGCUUGCGAAGUACAGCAGUUCAUAUCUAGUCUUUAACGACGACAUUCAGGGAACUGCAGCAGUUGCACUUGCGGGACUGUUGGCAGCAUUGCCCUUAACUGGAGGCACACUUGCUGACCAUGAAUUCCUUUUCGUUGGUGCUGGUGAGGCCGGAACGGGAAUUGCCGAACUUAUUACUAUAGAGAUCGCCAGACAAGGCAAGAUAAAAGUGGAAGAAGCCCGUACGAAAAUUUAUCUUGCGGAUUCCAAGGGUUUGGUGACGAAGUCAAGAAUUAACACUCUUGAAACGUUUAAAAAGCCAUUUGCUCACGACAUGCCGGAAAUUACCAAGCUUGUGGAUGUUAUUAAGAAACUCAAGCCAACAGCGAUGAUUGGUACGACUGGAAAGGGUGGACAGUUCACGCAAGCAGUGUUGGAAGAGAUUUCGUCCUACCAAGAGAAACCUAUUGUUUUUGCAUUGUCCAAUCCAACCUCACAGUCCGAGUGCACCGCAGAGGAGGCAUACAAAUUUACCAAGGGGAAAUGCAUCUUUGCCAGUGGAAGCCCAUUUCCACCUGUCACUUACGAGGGAAAAACAUACACAAUAGGCCAGUCGAACAAUGCCUACAUCUUCCCGGGUUUGGGACUUGGGUGUGUCAUAUCGGGAGCUAUUCGAGUCCACGAUGAUAUGUUCUUGGCUGCAGCUGAGUCGCUAGCUAACGAGAUUAGUCAGGAUCAUCUGGACAAGAAACAAUUGUUUCCAGCUUUCAGCGAAAUCCGGGAGAUUUCGGCUCACAUUGGAGCGGCAACAGCUGCAAAAGCUUAUGAAUUGGGAUUGGCAACUAAACUGCCAAAGCCCUCAGACCUACUCUCUUAUGCCAAGAGCUGCAUGUAUAGCCCAGUCUACCGUCAAUACCGAUAGACGAGAGGAUCACAUAUCUUAGCGACAGCAAGCUGAUCCAAGUGACUACUUCUCCAUGUCAAACAUUGGGAUGUAAGCUAGAAACAGAGUGUAGGACAUUGAAACAAAGAAUGCUCGCAUAAUCCUCUAGAAACUUCCUUCGGUCCUGAAUUCAGACACUAAAAUCUUAGUAAACAAAGCCUAAAACAAGAAUUAUAUUUCUUCGCUCUUUGACAUCACUACUUGGAUCAACGCUCCACGCUCAAGUAGUUUGGAGUAUUCUAUAUUCAUACGGAAGUCACGCCAUUUGUUUUCAUUUUGGCUGCUAAAGAGUUUGUGCUUGAAGCGGAUGUUCCAGAUUCUCUA